AUGGCACCCGAACGCACUGAUACCUCGUGGGACCACGAAUACCACACAAUCCGCCGCGAGAAACUGUUUAGAAAUCCUCCAACCGACCGGACCGCCUAUCCUGCUCUACAGUUGGCCGUUGACCCGCAUAUCGAAUCCUUCAAUGCCCUCUUCCGGAGCGAUGGGAAGCCCAGCCUCCUCGACCACGCCCUCGCCGAGAUCGGGACCAAGACGUUUCUUGACGGAGAUGAGAGGGCAGCACCCGCGGGCAAAAACCGGCUGACAAUCCGAUACAAGAGUGUCACGCUUCAGAAAUCCCAGGUUCCGCCGUCAAACAAGUUUGCCAAACGGCGCGAGAUCUUCCCGGCUGAGUGCAGGGAACGGCACGUGUCGUAUCGGGGCAAACUCACGGCAGUUCUUGAAUACCGUAUCAACAAUGGCGAGCCGCAAGAGUUUGUGCGAGAGCUUGGGCAGAUGCCCAUCAUGGUUAAGUCCAACAAAUGCCACCUAGAGAACAAUCCCCCAGCUCUCCUUGUACAGCGAAAGGAAGAGUCAGAGGAACUGGGUGGAUACUUUAUUGUCAAUGGCAUCGAAAAAAUCAUACGUCUCUUGCUCGUCAAUCGAAGGAACUUUCCGUUGGCUAUUACGCGCCCGAGUUUCACAAACCGAGGCCCCUCAUAUACACCGCACGGCAUCAUAGUACGGUCUGUUCGGCCGGAUGAGACCUCACAGACCAAUGUGCUUCAUUAUUUGAGCGACGGGAAUGUCACAUUCCGGUUCUCCUGGAGGAAGAACGAGUAUCUAGUGCCCGUCAUGAUGAUUCUCAAAGCCCUUGUUGAGACCAACGACCGGGAAAUCUUUGAGGGCUUGGUCGGCCCGCCCAAUUCGAAAGGAAUUGAGAACACGUUUCUGACAGACCGCGUGGAACUGCUUCUCCGGACCUACAAAACAUACGGCCUUUACACCAAGGCACAAACCCGAGCCUACCUCGGAGAGAAAUUUCGGGUCGUGCUCGGCGUACCCGAUACCAUGUCAGACUACGAAGUUGGUACGGAAUUUCUUCGCAAGAUUGUGCUUGUCCACAUUGGUUGCGUCAAUGUCACCGAGGAGCAGGAUCUGGACAAGUUCAAGAUGCUACUCUUCAUGUGUCGGAAGCUCUACGCACUUGUGGCCGGGGACUGCGCCGUCGACAAUCCCGACGCUGUGCAAAACCAAGAAAUUCUCCUGGGCGGCUUCUUGUACGGUCAGAUCUUAAAAGAGCGGCUCGAAGAGUUGCUAUCCGUUUCGCUCAGAGCUGCGUUGCGCGAUUACCUCAGGAGGAAUCCCACCGUGUCAUUCACAUCUGCGGCAUUUGCAAAGGACUUCCCCAUUGCCAUCUUCCGGCGGACGAAUGAGAACAUUGGUAACGCACUGGAGUAUUUCCUGUCGACGGGCAAUCUUCAGAGUCCCUCGGGCCUCGACCUGCAGCAAACCUCGGGCUUCACGGUUGUAGCAGAGAAGCUCAACUUCUUGCGCUUCAUCAGCCAUUUCCGCAUGGUUCACCGUGGCAGCUUCUUUGCGCAGUUAAAAACGACAACGGUGAGAAAGCUGCUUCCAGAGUCCUGGGGGUUUCUCUGCCCUGUGCACACUCCCGAUGGCUCCCCGUGCGGUUUGUUGAACCACUUGGCCCACAAGUGCAAGAUUAUGACGGAUUCAGUCGACACCUCGGCCGUUCCGGGCAUUGCCAUGGAGCUGGGAGUGAACGACUACUCCUCGGCGGCCACCAGCGAGAGCGUCGUAGUGAUGCUCGAUGGAAAGAUCAUUGGCUGGUGUACUCCUAAGAACUCCAAGACGGUUGCCGAUACGCUCCGGCACUGGAAGGCAGAAGGGGGCCAUGGGAUUCCUCUACACCUGGAGAUCGGCUACGUACCUCCAUCCAAGGGCGGGUCUUACCCGGGUAUUUAUAUGGCUUCGCAGCCGUCUAGGAUGGUCCGCCCUGUCAAGUAUCUCCCCCUGGGGAAAGAAGACUUUGUUGGUCCGCACGAGCAGCCCUACAUGUCGAUCGCCUGUACGGAGAGCGAGGUGAUUCCGGGCGACUCGACCCACGUCGAAUUUGACCCUACCAACAUCCUUUCUAUUUUGGCUAACAUGACUCCCUUUUCCGACUUCAAUCAGUCUCCCCGCAACAUGUAUCAGUGCCAGAUGGGUAAGCAAACCAUGGGUACGCCUGGAACCGCCCUGCGGUAUCGGACAGACAACAAGAUGUACCGCCUCCAGACGGGUCAGACGCCGAUAGUGCGCGCCCCGCUGCAUAACACGUAUGGAUUCGAUAACUUUCCCAAUGGCACGAACGCGGUGGUUGCCGUGAUUUCGUACACGGGCUACGACAUGGAUGAUGCUAUGAUCAUCAACAAGUCAGCUCAUGAGCGAGGUUUUGGCCACGGGACGAUUUACAAAACCAAGAAGGUCAGCCUCAAAGACGACUCUAGGACGCGCGGCUCCAAAUCCAUCACCAAGAUGUUUGGGUUUGCUCCCGGCAGCGCAAUCCGGGCGUCGGACCGGGAAAUGCUUGACGCCGAUGGCCUACCUUAUGUGGGCCGACUGGUCAGAGAGGGCGACAUCCUCUGCGCGUGGCAUACAGUCUCGGCCGACUAUAGUGGUCAGCUGAUUAACCGGGACGGGAUCACUCACUGGGAGAGAUACAAGGAUUCGGAAGACGCGUUCAUUGAAGAAGUGCGUGUGAUUGGCAGCGACACGGGUAACGAACCUCUUCAGACCAUCUCCAUAAAGCUUCGCAUUCCCAGGUCACCCGUCAUUGGCGACAAAUUUUCGUCGCGUCAUGGUCAGAAGGGCGUCUGCUCCCAAAAAUGGCCGGCGGUGGACAUGCCCUUCUCCGAGUCGGGUAUCCAGCCCGAUGUCAUCAUUAACCCCCACGCGUUCCCAUCCCGAAUGACAAUCGGCAUGUUCGUCGAGUCCCUGGCGGGCAAGGCCGGUGCGCUGCACGGACUGGCCCAGGAUUCGACGCCGUUCAAGUUUGACGAGGAGAACACGGCGGCGGAUUACUUUGGACACCAGCUGAUGAAGGCUGGCUACAACUAUCACGGCAACGAGCCGCUGUAUUCUGGAAUUACGGGCGAAGAGUUUCAGGCUGACAUCUACAUCGGCGUAGUCUACUACCAGAGACUGAGGCACAUGGUCAACGACAAGUACCAGGUUCGUACCACAGGCCCGGUGGUUCCGACGACUGGCCAGCCGAUCAAGGGCCGCAAGAAGGGCGGUGGUAUCCGUGUGGGCGAAAUGGAGCGCGACGCGCUGCUGGCGCACGGAACAGCCUUCCUGCUCCAGGACCGGCUACUGAAUUGUUCGGAUUAUUCCAAGUCGUGGAUAUGCCGGGACUGCGGCUCUUUUCUGGCCGUGCAGCCAACUGUAUCGCCGUUCAUCGGGAAACGGAAGCAGGUCGGCGCGGUGCGUUGCCGCAAUUGUGCCCAGCGCUUGGAUCAAAUAGAGGACCUGGAUCUCAUGAAGCUGGACGGCGAAAUAUGGGAGGAUGGUCAGGGUGUACAGUGGAUAGGCGGCGAGAACACAACCAUGGUGGUUGUGCCUGGAGCUCUGAAGUUCCUCGAUGUCGAACUGGCGGCGAUGGGUGUAAAGUUGAAAUACAGAGUUGACACCAAGGACGCGAUCCGGAGAGGACCCCUGAGGCCAACGGCGCCGAAAGCACUGCCGAGCGGGACGGUGGCGGCCUGA